AUGUCCUCGACCGGUGGAGGAUGGGCACAACUGCGCCAGCAAGCACGCGCUCUCGAGCUCCAGACAGAGUCGCUAUUCCACACCUAUUCACAGUUCGCCAACGCUCCGAAUAUCCCCACAAAACCAUCAGACGAAGAAGUCCGAACAGAAUCACAUCUCGAGGAAGUACUUGAAAAGAGAGAAGCUCUCGUCGGCCAGCUCUCCCGCCUCCUCGACUCCGAAUCCGCACACUCGUCUUCCGCCGUAAAACAAAAUAACCUCGCCCGCCACCGCGAAAUAUUAUCAGACCACCGCCGCGACCUCUCCCGCUUAAAAUCUACCAUCACCGAUGCGCGCAACAAAGCCAACCUCCUCUCCAACGUCCGGUCAGACAUCGAUGCGUACCGCUCCGCGAACCCCGAGAAUGAAGAGGCAGAAUACAUGCUGGAUGAACGGAGAAGGAUCGACAACUCGCAUAGCAUGGCCGAUAACGUGCUGAGCCAGGCGUACGCUGUAAACGACAACUUCCGGAUCCAGAGAGAGACGCUUUCGAGUAUCAAUAGGCGGAUAGUUGGCGCUGCGAGCCAGGUGCCGGGGAUUAACAGUUUGAUAGGCAGGAUUGGGGCGAAGAAGCGGAGAGACGGGAUUGUUUUAGGAGGCUUUAUCGCCUUCUGUUUCCUAAUGUUGCUGUGGUUCUGGUGA